AUGCCGCUGGCGAGCAGCGGCAUCCUUGGCGUUGCCAGACCCCGGAUGAUCAAAAGGUUUGGCCAGCUCCCGUCCUUCCAGUCCCUGCCCGUGGUCUUUUUUCUCUUCCAAUUUUGGAGGCUGUCGGCCAUGAAGGCAUGUGUGUCCCAGGGAGAGAACUGCGAUGCGGCUGCCCUGACCAGGCAUCUCAAGAGCGCGGACCUCUCUGCAGUGGACGGUUUGGGCUGCCCAGCCUUGCUCCUGGCCGUCCGCGCGGGUGUCAGCGUGGAGGUCGUGCAGCAGUUGCUCGAAGCCGGGGCUUGCGUUGAAGCCACUGGGCCUUUUGGCCUAAGCCCGCUGGAGCAGGCGCGAAAGGAUGCCCAGCGCCUCUCAGGGCCACGGAAGGAGCUGGCAGCGCGGCUGGAGGAGCUGCUUAGCCCACUGGCCUCAUCGCUGCCCGCGGGCGUCAACCCCCAGGAUCAGCUGAGGAUGCUCCGAGAGUCAGUGGGCCGCAAGUUGCUGGUUCCGAUCCUGACGACCUACCCGGCGAACGCGAUCCCAGCAGAGCUGCUCGAGACGCUUCAGCUCCUCCUGCUCAGCCUCGACUUCCAGGUCCUUAAGUUCCUGGCAUCCGCAGCCAUUUUGAAGUCUGCCUCAAGUCUGCGAGCACUGCCUUUCCGAGCUGCGAUGGAGCGCGUGGGCCGCAUCGUGCGACAUGUGAAUGCGGGAAUCUCUCCGCAAGCGACUGCUUCUGACUCCGCGGUCGUGGCAGAUCUCAAGGGCAAGAUUUCCAAGUUGGCAAAGGAGAAGAACGCUCUUAAGGCAGACUUGCUGAAGAACCAUGGUGACAGGAAGGUUCAGGACCUCACAGUGGAGAUGGCCAUCAAUGGCGCGCGUGCCGUGAAGUGCAUGGUCACGGAGACCUCUGACUUGGAUGCCAACAGCGGAAUCAGCUAUCGGCACCUUUCUCUGUACGAUGUCAACAAGGAGCUGCCAAAGGCUCCAGGUGGCAAGUGCGCACUUCCCGAGGGUGCUUUUUGGCUGCUGCUGACGGGGGAAGUUCCCACCGAGUUGGAGGUCAAGGGCAUGACGGAGGAGUUGCACAAGCGUGCAACAAUCCCUCCGAAUGUCAUGGCCACCAUCGACUCCCUUCCCAUCGAGACCCACCCCAUGACGCAGCUCUCCGUGAGCAUGCUGGCCCUGCAGAAGGACUCAAAGUUUGCACGGCAAUACAACACUGGCAUGAAGAAAGACGAGUAUUGGCAGUAUGCGCUGGAGGAUGCACUGGACCUGAUCGCCAAGAUCCCGGUGGUAGCCGCGAAGAUCUACCGCCGCACCUUCAAGGAUGGCGUCGUCCCAGAGUACAACCCAAACCUGGAUUGGGCGGCGAAUUUUGCACAGAUGCUCGGAAUCAACAAGGACGAAGGUUUCAACGAGUGCACGAGGCUCUACCUGAUGCUGCACGCUGACCACGAGGGUGGCAACGUCUCAGCCCACGCCACGCACCUCGUGGGCUCCGCCCUGAGCGAUCCCUACUACGCUUGGGCAGCCGGUCUCUGUGGUCUGGCUGGCCCGCUGCAUGGCCUGGCCAACCAGGAGUGUUUGGGCUGGCUCCUAGACGUGCAGAAGCAGCUGGGAGGGCAGACGCCAACGAAGGAGCUGCUCACCGAUUUUGCGAACAAGACGCUCAAGGAGGGCAAGGUGAUUCCGGGCUUCGGCCAUGCCGUUCUCCGAAACACGGACCCGCGAUACAUGCUGGAGCGAGAGUUUGCGCUGGAGCACUGCAAGGAGGACCCUCUGUUUCAGCUGGUGGACGCCUGCUACCAGGCCAUUCCCAAGGUCUUGGAGAAGCAGGGGAAGGUGAAGAAUCCUUUCCCCAACGUCGACGCGCACAGCGGCCAGCUCAUGCAUUUCUACAACUUGAAGGAGGAGAACUUCUACACGGUGGUCUUCGCCGUGUCGCGGACGCUUGGUGUGAUGGCACAGUACAUUUGGUCCCGUGCCAUCGGUCUUCCUAUCGAGCGUCCGAAGUCUCUGCCCCUGGAUGAAGUCAUGAACCUUGCGAAGAAGCACUUCUGGCAGUCGAAGGGCAAGAACGAGUCCUCCGACCAGCAGUAA